ACCACUGCUCACAUAUGUGAGGGUGAAAAAUGGCAGCAAUCGUGUCCAAGAGACUGAAUUUUCUCUUUUCGCGGCCGCUUUUGGCGCGGCCAGGGGCUUCGGCGGAGGUGUCCGCCCGUGCCGUCCACUUCGUCUACCAUCCGGACACCGGGAAACCACCGGUGUCCGGGGAGACAACGAAACUGAACAUGUUUCAAGCGAUAAAUAGUGCGCUGCACUCCGCUCUGGAGAAGGACGACAGUGCCAUCAUUUUCGGCGAGGACGUUGCUUUCGGCGGCGUCUUCCGGUGCACCCUCGGGCUGAAGGACAAGUUCGGCGCCGACAGAGUCUUCAACACGCCGCUCUGCGAGCAGGGCAUUGCCGGAUUCGGCAUCGGGGUCGCGACCGCCGGCGCCACGGCCAUCGCCGAACUGCAGUUUGCCGACUACAUGUUUCCUGCCUUUGACCAAAUUGUGAACGAAGCAGCCAAGUACCGGUACAGAAGUGGAGGGCUGUUCGAGUGUGGAAAACUUACCAUCAGGUCUCCAUGCAGUGCUGUCGGACACGGCGCCGUCUACCACUCGCAGAGUCCAGAGGCAUAUUUUGCGCACACCCCAGGACUGAAAGUGGUUGUCCCUCGAGGCCCUAUUGCCGCCAAGGGACUUCUCUUGGCUUGCAUUAGAGAUCCGGAUCCGUGCAUUUUCCUCGAGCCCAAAGUUUUGUACAGAACUGCAGAGGAAAUGGUGCCUAAGGUUGAUUACACGUUACCCCUGGGCAAGGCUCAAGUGCUAGCCUCUGGCAACAAUGUCACCCUGAUUGGCUGGGGCACUCAGAUUCACGUUUUGUUGGAAGUGGCCAAACUGGCCAAGGAGCAACUCAAGGUUAACUGUGAGGUCAUUGACCUGCAGACGAUUUUGCCUUGGGAUAAAGAAACGGUGUGCCAGUCGGCAAGAAAAACAGGUAGGGUUAUUGUGGCCCACGAGGCGCCGCUGACUUGCGGCUUCGGAGCUGAAAUCGCAGCCACAAUCCAGCAAGAGUGCUUCUUGCAUUUAGAGGCGCCGGUCACAAGGGUCACAGGCUUUGAUACGCCGUUCCCUCACAUUUUCGAGCCUUUCUACUUGCCCACCAAGUGGCGCUGCCUUGAAGCUGUGAAGAAAAUCGUCAAUUACUAAAAUUGAAUUUUCUUUGUAAAAUGAAAGUGCCAUUGCUCACAAAAUGCCAUGACUUGUGGAUCUUGCGCAAAAAUCGGAAUCAGAAAUUUAUAAAAUAAUAUAUAUCAUUACGUGCCUUUAUAAAAAUGUACCUCAGAGCAGAUCUUAUUUUUAUUGUUAUAUCUCAAAGUGAGAGAAUAUUUUUGUUAAAACUGAAAUUGUCUUGGAAAAAUAAAUUUAUAAAAUCAAAA